AUGACACAGUAUAAUUUCAUUAUAGAUGCUUCGGCUUUUGAAAAGGGUUUAGGCAAUAUCAAGAGGUGGUGUUCUGAUUGUACAGAGACAGUAACUUUGAAUUUCUAUAUUCCAACUUUCACACUGAAUGAACUGGAUUUUCUUCAACAAAGACGCAAAAGCUUCGCAGCUCGCGAAUCCUUAAAAUUUAUCGACAGGUUAGAUGACUCUAAUUUUUCUAAUUUGAAAGUUUUCAUUGAGUUUCCUGAAGUUUUGGAUAUCAUCUUAUGGUCAGAUGUUAUGGAACAUGACAACGGCGCUGGGAAGGCGAAUAUGGCUAAAUUGCCGAAGAGAUUGAAGAAUUUACUGAAAAGUUGUAUCUACAAGUGCUACUUGCAAGGAAAUGAGGGGUUGCAUUGGUUUUUGAUUAGUGAAGACCCCCAAAUCCGCGAAUUAGCUGUGCAAUGCAACAUCCCCUCUUGUUCUAUUGUUGAUGUAGAUUCAAUUUUGUCUAAGGAUAUGAAUGACAAAUCAUUUAGAGAGAGUGAAAAGUUCAAUAAUGUGAUGCUUAAAAAUGGCACUAAGGAAGAAAGCGAAAACGGUAGAGAAACCAUUAAAACUAACUUCGACAAAACAGUUUAUGCUUCUAGAGGUACGGGUGAAUUGUGGUCUCCAUAA